UUUUGGGGAGGACAGGUCGCAGUUUGGCUAUGGAAGGUUCCAAUGGCUUUGGGAUUGACUCCAUUCUCUCCCACCGAGCGAGCAGCCCCGCCCUUCCCAAGGGGGACCCCUUGCUUGGGGACUGCCGUUCACCCCUGGAGCUGAGUCCACGCUCAGAGAGCAGCAGCGACUGCUCUUCUCCAGCCUCGCCCGGAAGAGACUGCCUGGAGACCAGUACCUCGAGACCCAGUGCAGCAUCUGGCCCAGGUUUGGACUCUCACCUGCAACCAGGGCAGCUUUCAGCCCCAGCCCAGUCCAGAACCGUCACCUCCUCCUUUCUGAUCAGGGACAUCCUUGCCGACUGCAAACCUCUCGCGGCGUGUGCACCCUAUUCUAGCAGCGGGCAGCCUGCAGCCCCUGAGCCUGGGGGCCGCCUUGCAGCCAAGGCCGGGGAGGACUUUCGCGACAAACUGGACAAAAGUGUCAGCAGCGCCUCGUCGGACUCUGAGUACAAAGUGAAGGAGGAGGGCGACCGCGAGAUCUCCAGCUCUAGGGACAGUCCCCCCGUGCGCCUGAAAAAGCCACGAAAAGCGCGCACCGCCUUCACCGACCAUCAGCUGGCGCAACUGGAGCGUAGCUUCGAGCGGCAGAAAUACCUGAGUGUGCAAGACCGCAUGGAGCUGGCCGCCUCGCUCAACCUCACUGACACGCAGGUCAAGACCUGGUACCAGAACCGCAGGACUAAAUGGAAGCGACAGACAGCCGUGGGGCUGGAGCUGCUGGCGGAGGCAGGCAAUUACUCGGCGCUCCAGAGAAUGUUCCCGUCGCCUUAUUUCUACCCACAGAGUCUCGUUUCCAACCUGGACCCGGGUGCCGCUCUCUAUCUGUACAGAGGCCCCAGCGCACCGCCGCCUGCCCUGCAGAGACCUCUGGUGCCCCGAAUCCUCAUCCACGGACUCCAAGGCGCCAACGAGCCUCCUCCGCCGCUGCCUCCGCUGCCCGGCGUCCUCCCACGCGCCGCGCAGCCUCGGUGAGGCGUCCUCUCGCCCCGCGCCAUGCUCCGGGACUCCCAGCUCAGGCUGGGCGCGGGUCCCUCCCGUCGCCCCGGGGCAGGGCUCCCCGGCUCCCCGCAGCGCCGCAGCCCAGUGUCCCCGAGGGGGAUAAAUCCACUGAGGCUACCCCUCCGUGGCGUCCUCUCUCCCGGCGGCUCAACCCCAGAGGCACUUCCACCUGCCGGAUGUACAUACGCGCCCCUGCCCACCUCCCACCCAACCCCAAGUCCUUGCGGGCUUCCCUACGUGGCCCCUGUCCCUCAGCAGCAGGUAAGGGGACGCCAGCGACAGAGCGGCUCUCUCCGGUGCCCCAGCCCUGGGUCCACCCUUCUUCCCGCACCUCUGUGGGACAGGGUGGGAGUGCUGUACGGAGCUUCCCUCCCAUCUCCUUUAAUCUCCGAGCCCCGGGCUAGCGGCAGAGCUGUACAUAACGGUGUGCAAAGUGUAUAUGAAGUUAUUUAUUCGUGACCCAUGAGCCCGUGACAGUGUCUGUAAAUCAGUGAGUCUGUGGCCUGUGCCCUCCCAGUGCCAGGUGGGGCAGAAGUGGUCGAGAGGGCUUGCCCAUGCAUCCGGGCCCCCCGCCCCACCCCUCCACCCAGGUCCCGGGGCAACCAGGCCUCUUGGGUUCUCUUUUUUAAAAGUGGAAAUAAACUUCUUACAAAUGA